GGUACAUUCUGGUUCACACAAAUCCUGUAACUCGUUCAUGAAAAGUUUCUGCAGAGUCCCUCACCCAACUCGGGUCUCUUCUUAAAAUCCCCCAAAACGAUAAACACAGAUUUCUUUCAUGGCGUCUAAUCUGCCCACCUCUUCAUAAAACACACACUCCAUAGAUUUAUUGUAUAAAUUUGCGUUGUAAUCGACUCUGAUUUUAUAUAUAUAUUGAGUUAAAUCGAUUCUUUGUCUGUGUGUGUUCAAUGGCAGCUUUUGUUCGAUUGUUAUCGUUCGAUUCAUCCUCGUUAUGUACGUCAUUGAAUUCUCAUCACCAAAACCAGUUACUAUCCAAGAACAAUAGCAAGAGGGUACUAUCUGUCGCAGCUGAUUCUUGUUUAUCUUCUGAUUUUAUCGUCAAUUCGCGAUUUUCCAUGAACCCUAGAAAGGAAUCGCUCCAAUUCAAGAUACACGCAACAAUUACUGAAACCGAACAACCAAAAUGGUGGGAGAAAAACGGAGGACCAAAUAUGGUUGACAUUCAUUCGACACAAGAGUUCUUGAAUGCCUUAAGUGAGGCUGGAGAUAAAUUAGUUAUCGUUGAAUUCUAUGGGACAUGGUGUGCUUCUUGCCGUGCUUUAUUUCCAAAGCUUUGCAAGACGGCUCAAGAACACCCGGAAAUUGUGUUCUUGAAAGUCAACUUUGAUGAGAACAAGCCGAUGUGCAAGAACUUGAACGUGAAGGUCCUUCCUUAUUUCCAUUUCUAUCGUGGAGCCGAUGGACAACUCGAAUCUUUUUCUUGUUCACUUGCUAAGUUUCAAAAAAUCAAGGAUGCGAUUCUGAUGCACAACACGGAUCGUUGCAGCAUCGGCCCUGUCAAAGGUGUCGGAGACGUAAACCUUGAAACAGCGUCGGCCCCGAAGAACAAGCAGGCGGAAUCGUCGACGUAGAAAGAACUGAAAUGGAUUGGAUCAUGGUGUUUAUAGCUUUUCCAUCUCUAAUUCUGUGUAAUGCUCAUGAAGAAGUAGUAGCCCAAAUUCCACACUUGCUAUUGAUAUAUAUAUUUUUGGUAUAUAUCUCUCUGUUUCCGUACAAUUUGAGUGAGGUAAUGUUUUUGUUCAUCUAUUGAAAUUAGAAAUUACAAGAUGAUAUUACAGUUAUCUGUAAAAAAGGUAUGAUGUCAUCUUCUAAAACGCCUUCUUUCAUAUCGGUCCUUCAGUUAUUAUGGGAAGGUAAAUAACACUGAAUCAUGGGUAUUUUUGUC